UAGAUCGCCCGAGCGUGAAUGCGAUAGACUGUACUUUCGGCCAUCAUAACCAUCUUUCUUUCUUGUGCAACUGUUUCUCUUCGGCCGUGUUCUAGUACAAACGCAGGAUGGACGCCAUUCGUGCGAGAUAAAAUUUUCUUCGCUCGGGAAGCGAGAGUUAAGUGUGUGUUCAGUGCCGGGCGUGAAGCUAUGCUAUAGUGUAUCUGGUGUCCGUGCUUACGGUCUGGCCGUGCGGUGUCGACGUACGAGGAGCUCGGCUUCGGCCCGAGGCAAGGCGGUGAGGCGAGAGGCGCGUGCAGAGUGCAGCGCGAGGCAUGGCGGGCGCGAGCUGAACGGACGGCCGCGACCUCCGAUAUCAGGCCGCUCGAGCUCCGCCGCCGGCCCAAUGAGCGGGGCAGGUUCUACGCGGCGGAGGUUAUUUUAUGGGUAUUUGCGUGAGCUGCCGGCGCCGCGAGCGGAAGGCACCCGAGAAACGGUCGGUGCCGAGCGCGGGCGGGCCCGCUAAGAGCACUGCGGCGGCCGAAUUGCUGCCGCGGCGCGUCGAUCACCUGCCAGCCAUGGCCAACUCCAUUUCCAAUAUCAAGAUGACCAACCCUAUCAAGGGAAUAGUCAGCAAGCGUCGGAUACGUUAUAUCAAAGACGGAUUCAACCUGGACUUAGCCUAUAUAACAGAUAGGCUCAUAGCGAUGGGCUUUCCUGCCGAGAAGCUGGAGGCCGUCUAUAGAAACCCCAUAGAUGAAGUGUACAGGUUCCUGGAACAUAUGCACAAAGAUCACUACAAAAUAUACAACCUGUGCUCAGAGAGGUCGUACGACAAGAGCAAGUUUCACGAGAGGGUGGAGAAGUUCGCGUUCGAGGACCACACCCCACCGAAUAUAGAGCUAAUCCAGCCGUUCUGCGAGAGCGUACACAAAUGGCUGAACGCGGACCCGAAGAACGUAGCCGCUGUGCAUUGUAAGGCGGGCAAGGGGCGGACCGGUACAAUGGUGUGUUGUUAUCUACUGUACAGCGGGCAGAAGGCGACGGCAGACGAGGCAUUGCAGUUCUAUGGAACAAAGAGGACGCACGACGAGAAAGGUGUGACGAUCCCCUCGCAGCGGCGCUACGUCGAGUACUACGCCGCGCUGCUUCGCCCCGGCCUCCAGUACACGGCCACGAAGAUGUACAUUCGCGAGCUGAUCAUGAGCCCCCCGCCGCAGCUCAACGGCGGCCAGUGCACCAUCGAGUUCACCGUCACACAGGCCAAGUCGCAGACAAAGCCACCACCCGGCGUGGCGGUGUGGGGCGGCGGCGGCGAGGUGCGCGUGGCGGUGCGGCUGGCGCACUGCACGCCGCUGCAGGGCGACGUGCGCGUCGACGUCUUCCACAAGCCCAAGAUGAUGAUGCGCAAGGAGAAGCUCUUCCACUUCUGGUUCAACACCUUCUUCGUCGCCGCGCAGGUCGGCGCCCAGCGCAUCGACCCGCUGCCCGACAGCACCAAUCAAGAAACUUUCAAAUUGACAUUAAACAAGUGGCAGUUAGACGACGCGCAUAAAGAUAAACAACAUAAAAUAUAUGCCCCGGAAUUCAAGGUGGAGCUAGUGGUGCAGAAGCAGCCCGAGUGCUCGACGUUCAACGCGGCGGCGCGGCCGGCGCGGGCGUCGCGAGCGCCGUCGCCGGCGUCGUCGUCGCCGUCGUCGUCGUGCUCGGAGGCCGACACCGAGCCCGACGCCACCUGGGACUCGGGCCCGGGCUGCGAGCGCGUCGGCCGCUACCGCCAGCUGUCGCCCGACGCGCACACGUGAAUCCACAUACUUGUGAGGGUGACACGGGAUUGGUGACCUCUUCACUCUUCUAUAAAUAAUCCUGCUUUCCCCUCAUAAAUGGCAAGGCUAGAAUCUAACAUGGUGACUCUGUGACUUAUCUAGAAGCCUUAGUGAUUACGCGAAACAGUGUUCUGUGUUGUGUAUUAAUAUAAACAUGGUGGGUAGCACCGCGCGUGCGCGGCUGUGAUUGUGAUAGUGUUACACGGACAAUGGACGCGGUGACGAGUCAGUACUAAAUAUGGCUACCUCGGUGUAAAAAUAAAAAAAAAAACAUAAUUCUUUCCCUUCGUUACUUGAAUCUUAGUAGAGUAUGGUCACAAGGUAAGAUACGAUGUCUGACUGAGUACAUUGAAUAAGUGUUACCCGGUUAUAAUUAUGUUGUAGCGCUACCGGUAUAAAGUUCCCGAUCCCUGUGGUAUCGGGGACUUGUUGCAACUUCAUACUUAAUUCUUGAGCCAGGUAACAGCUUUUGGUUUCGUGGCUAUAAAUACAUAGACUAAGAGCAGUGGCAGCCGUUUGAAUGUUUGAAAAUGGAAACGAAUCAAUGUUGCCACUAAACAGGAAAUCGAACUUAGAGUUAAUAUAACCGGCCAGUGUUUGUCCUUCAAUUAACGACAUUUGUAACUUAAAUAUAUACAUAUAUAUAUAUAUAUAUAUAUAUAUAUUUUUAAAUUGAAACCUGUAUAUACAUACUAUGUUUAUAUUUGAUAUAAUGUCAAUAAUGUUUUUGUGUUCAAUUAAAUGUACCCAUCUGUUUUGGAUUUUUUACAUAUCAGUUAGAUUUGGUUUUAUUCCAUGUACUCUUGUUUAAAAAAAAGGAGAAAUAUAAAAAUGCUUUUGUAGCAAUAUUGGGGAGAUAUGAGAUGGCAGAUUCCAAUUUGCGGUGCUUUUGUUAUAAAUGAAUAUUUCAUUGACCAUGUAUGUAAUGUUGAUAUGUAUUUUAACUUGCAAGACCUGUGUGAAUUUUAUAUCCUUUCGCUUUAGUAUUUGGCCAUCAGGACACAAUGUGUGACGAAACAUGUUUUUUUUUAUAAAAAAAAAAUUACAUGCAAUAAUUUGCAAAAGUAUUCAGGAAAGGGUAUAAUGAACUUGUUUAUUAAACAUGUUUAAUUUAAGAAUUUCUUGUCAUUACCUAUAUUAGUUAGUGGUUGUUGACCUCUUGAACAUCACAAUGUUACAAAAUAGUCUAAUAACUGGCCACUUUUAAAAGAAAAUCUCAAUUCUAAAUUUAAAUUUUUUAUUAUCUAUUUUUUUUAUUUAUUGUCAUUGUUGGCUAGUGAACCAUAGAUUUUUUUUUUAUAAUUGGACGAUUCUAAAUGCGGCUAAGUAAUGUACAGGCGGUCAUGGCCACCUAAUAUGUAUGAACUUCUAUUUGUCAUACUGGUAAUUUCUAUUAGGUAAUUCUAUAUAUAAUUUUUUAAUAUUUGCUAAUUAUUAAAGAAUUAUUUGCCGUACGGCGAGGCAGUACUUCCCACCCUUAUUGACUAAGUCCCGACGGACAGUUUUAUUUUUUACGAGUAACUAUAUAGUACAGAGAGAUCUCAGCGGCUAUCGUCAUAAUUAGUGUAUAUAAGCUGCAAGUUGAACGCUAUGGAGUUUCAGUGUUGUGGCAAUAUUAGUUUUAUUUUGUUUCAAUAGUGGCUAUUAGUUACAAUAAUUCAAAAAUAGCAUAGAAAAUAUUAUAUAUUUUGUCUAUGAUCUGGUAUUCCCCAAAUGUAAAAAAAAAGUUUAUAACUUAUAAUUGACGUCACCCAUAUGUCGGGUAUUAAAUAUGCCUUCGUGCUUAGCUGAAAACUGCACUUUUCCCCCACUUGAUUAGCUUUGUUCAUAAUGGGUAUCAUUAAUUCGAAACUUGUUGAAAAGACACGCUGGACAACCAACAGUUGUACUCAAUUUAUUAUACUUACCUGCAUAAUCGCGAUAAUUCCCGUAUUAUAUAAUUACAAUGAGCUUGUAAUUAUAUUAUUUCCUUCUUAUAUAAUAGAAUUACAUUGAUUCCCCUGCCAUAUAAUUACAUGGAUUCCCGUCUCUUAUAAUUACAUCGAUUCCCGUGUCAUAUAAUUACCUUAAUUCCCUUGUCAUAAUUACAUCGAUUCCCGUGUCAUAAAAUUACAUCGAUUCUCGUGUCAAAGAAUUACAUGGAUUCCAGUGUCUUAGAAUUACAUGGAUUCCCGUCUCAUAUAAUUACAUAAAUUCCCGUGUCAUAGAAUUACAUUGAUUCCUGUUUUAUAUAAUUGUAUCGUGUUAAUUCCCGUCACUUACAGUUAUAUUCUUUCCUGCGCUCUAUUGUUAUUCAAUAAAACGAUAUUGUCACUAUUCAAGUGAAAUUGCAUAGUGCACACUUGGCUAGUAAAGUGACUUCCAACAAAAUUAGACCCGUUACGCGGUUACUGUAUCUGAACGACAAAUUAGUAAUAGUACAUUACUGCAGCGGCCAGCAACUGAGGCAUUGAUGGACGAACGUGCAAAUGUGGAGCGAGGCGUAGCCGAGGCCCACAUACGUGAGUCCAUCAAUGCCUAGUUGUGGCCAAGGCUUGUAUAGUACUUUUCUCAAACAAUGCGCGGAAAUCAAAAACACAAUUUUACUUUUUAAGUUCAAUGACGAAUAACGAAUAAUAAUAAUUUUUCACGCGCCGAUGGACUCACGUAUGUGUGCCUCGGCUACGCCUCGGCCCACAUUUGCACGGUCGUCCAUCAAUGCCUCAGUUGCUGGCCGCUGCAGUAAUGUACUAUUUCACCGCCUAUGAUUAUAAUAUUUGUCAGUGUAAAUAAUCCUAAUUUUUAACAAAAAAAAUAGAUUUCUACUAAAUUAACAAAUAUUUUUUUCCUAGAACAUCUUUUUUAGGUUUAUACCCACCACAGGCGCCCCCAAAAACUUUAUAUAUAUAAAAUUUAUUUAAAUUGUAAUAUGUCAAGAUAAAUAAUGAUGUUACUUUAAGAUCUGUUAUUAUACAUGAUUUAUUAUGUCCACAUAUCAUGGUAAAUUCGUUUGAAGGUUACGUCAUUGAAUGGUGGAGUUCAUUUUAUGAUAGUUUUAUUUAAUUCCCACUCAGCGUGAUCAUAAAAUUAGGUCGUAGUACAAAAUUAUUUUUAGCUCGUGUUCUGCAUAGUAAUAGGUUCGGUGUUGAGAUGGUUAAACGAUAUGAUAUGCAGCAGAAUCUGUAUUUUUUACAUUUCUCAUAGUUACCAAUAGAUAUAUGUUAAUUGCAUAUUUAAAAAAAAACGGAUUUACUUGAAAAGUACGAAUGCGUGCAGGUGGCACGUAAGAUUUCUCUAGUGUUAUAAUAAUCGUCAUGUCGGACGUUAUCUGUCCACUGCUGAACAUAGGCUUCUACCACAGAUUGUCACAAGGAACGGUCCUGAGCCACCCGCAUCCACUGAUUCCCUGCAAUGCAUUUGAAGUCGCCACUCCACCUAGUGGAGGGUUGUUUUACACUGUAUUUUCCUAUACGAGGUUGCCUCUCAAGAACCUUUCUUCCCUAUCGGUUAUUGGUUAUUCGGGCUAUUAAUGUUCCAUCCCAACCAUUUUAAUGGGUGGUGAUUCUCCACCGUGCGUUUUUCAAGACACUUUCCCCCCUCAUUUUAUCUUAAAUAUCUCCCAUACACAGAAAUUGUCCAGUUACAAUUUUAUUAUAUUAUUAAGACUUAAAAUAUGUUAUUGUUGUAUCAGCCUUUAACUGUCCACUGCUGAACAUAGCCUCCCCCAUAAGGGAGGGUUUGCCAGUAGUUGCCACUCUUGGCAGGCGGAUUGGCAAUCGCAGUUUGGCUUUUGGUGAUGUUUUAAGAGGGACGCUGCUGCCCAUCUCUUGACCUUUAAAUUCCCUUAGUAGCCUCUUACAAGACACCCACGAGAAAGGAAGGGGUGGUUUAUUCUAUGCCGGGACCUACACGGCGAACUUUAGCUUAAAAUAUGUACUAUUUAUUUGGGGGCGCCGCUGAUUCGUCUAAAUAUAAAGUAUCCAGUUCUAUUAAUGGUCUAUUACAGUGAUACGGUGUCUAUUAUCUAAUAAUUAAAUAAAAAAAAAAAAAACAAAAUAGCAUGGAAGGAUCUGCAUAUAAUGGUGCCAAGUCAGUCGCAGUAAUAAGGGUUCGACUUACUGUUUUAUUGAAUUUACAUGGGUGAAUUUAAACUCUUGCACAGUUUCUUAAAUUAUUUCUUAAAGUAUUUGUGUCUUUUUUUAUUUUUAUUUUUUAUUUUUAUUUUAUGUGCAGUCACGAUGCUGGGAACAGUUGUAUUGUUUUUUAAUUAACUUUUCAGAAUGUCUCAAUAUUAAUUAUAAUCUUUUGACACUAGUACCAAUCGUUCACUUUUGAAAAAUUUAACAUAAUUUGGUUGAAUUUUAACAGUAAGAUUUUUUUACUGUCUUAUUUGCAGAAAAGAAUUUUUGAUCAGUUGGGUUCACUGUUGACAUACGUAUUAUUUACAAGGCAUAUCAAUCCAAAACUCAGUGAUAGUAUUCAUCACUGAGUUUUGAGUUUGUGUGCUUUUAACCUAAUCCUGUACAUAAUUAUGUAUAUUACAGCCCUCUAAUUAAUCUAAAGUACUUUUUGAUUGCAAAAAAUAGCACUGAAGAAAACUCAGCCAAUCCAAAACUUGAUUGUAGUGUCGGUGAGUUUUGGGUUCACAUAUUCAUUAUGGGGUAACCCACUGAUUUGAAUAAAAAAUAAAAAAAAAAAUCUGUCAGUUGUUCCCAAAAUCAACACUGUUUUUCCCAAAAGGAGCGUUCACCUCUAUUUUUAUGUUUUAAUUGUAAAUAUUAUCGUUCGGUACGUUAGUGUUAGCGCAGAUCUGUACUAGUUUAAGUAGCCGUCUUUUGUUGAGUGCACACGUUGACCGGCCUGUGAGAGCGUACUGUGUUGCAAGAACCUAAAGAUUUACUAGGAGAUUUAAAAACUUGUGCUUAUGCUUUGUAUAACCCACCGAGUCGAAUAGGCCACUCGCACUAAGAGCCUAAUAUUUAUAUUAGUAAAUUUAAAUUGGUGGAUUACAUAAAUCUUAUUCGUGUAAAGUGGGGUUUAUAAUUCACUAAACGAGGCACUUUCCCUAGCGGCAUUAUAUUUAUUUUUUGUUUUCUUAACACUGACUUAACGAAGUGUUAACUUGGAUUUAAAUAUCUAAUUAUAUCAAAUAAUUAUAUCUAAAUCCAAAUGAAGUUAAUUUUCAAAUGUAUUGUAAUACAAAUGAUUCUAUUUAAAUUUAGAUCGGGAGAGAAAAUAUUUAUUUAAAUCAAUAUUCUCUGUUUCAACCAUAAUGAGACAAAUUUCAAAUUUGCGUAUUUUUUUCUGUAAAUAUAUACUCAACGCGUAUAUAAAUGCAAAUUAUACAAAAUUCAAUAUAAAUAUGUAAAAUACAAAAAUAAAUUUUGUUGCCUAUAAGCAAGUUACUCAUUCUGUUAACAGAUGUUAAAUGGCAAAAUGCAAAAUGUAUGAGGUUGACAGUAGUUAACGAGUAGAUACGUGGUAUAUUUUCAUUUGUUUAUAUAAGCAGCUACAGGUUAUGUCAAUAUCGUAUGUUCAUGGUUACGCUCAUACAAAGUGCAAAAUGUAUGAAAUUGACGUGGUCAACUCCAUAUAUUUUGCGUUAUUCCUUUAAAUCUCAUCACUAAUAUAAUGUUAUUCUGUUUAUAUGUUUAGAAGUACAUUCGCUAAAAAAAAGUUUAAAAUAUUGCAAUAUUUAAAGGUUUCUAUAUAAUACCAUAAAUACUAAAUAAAUUACAUAGCGCUCUCUCCCAAACAUGAGUUUAUUAUGAAUUACAAAGUCAAUGUAUUAACUUUAGGUUAUAUAGAUAGAGCAUCGAGUCUCAAAAACGGGUCAACUUUUUGUCAGCUAAUUGUCAAAUUAGCUGACUCGUUUGUUCUAUAUACUUAUACAUAAAAUGUAUUUUGACGUAUUAUUUAAUAAACGAAAUGAGUGUUUACGCAUUAUAAAGGUGUAGAAUUUAUAAGACAAAAUAAAUAUAGAAGUUAUAAAGGAAUCACUCAUAACUUUUUUCACGCAAAAAUCUGUGAAAAAGUUGACCUGUUUUUCUCGAAACAUUUCUAUGGAGACACUCUAUCGAUAUAAUUCGCGGACGGUCAACGUGUGUAAUUUUUUUUUUCACAAAAUUGGUUAAUAUAUGGCAGGAUUGACAGAUCCGUAGCACGGUUUCCGUUUUUUGUUUCUAUGACGUUUCAGGAAUGGUAUAUAAAAUGGUUAAUGGUGACAGGUAAAAUUCAUAAGUUGCAAGUAAACAGUCCACCUAGACAUGUGGCAAAAGAAUCUAUCGAUAUACUCGUUAUCACUAGCGAUUCCCUAAGAUAGAAUGAGACGGCAACAGCCGGUGUCUCGUUCUUUCUUAUGCGACUGCUAAUCGAAACCGACUCUAUCGUUACCGUUUACCAUUUUUCUAGGAAGACUGGACCGAUCUUGAUUGUAAACAUCUGUAAAAUUAGAAUUAUUUUUAGAGUACGAUAUCUCACAAUCGACCCCAUUGCGAAUAGGUCGAAUGGUAUCGAAAUAGUGGGCCAGUUUGAUGCACCCUUAAAUAGAUGCCAUUUGAAACUGUUACUGUUGUGUAGUGAUGCUUUAUGUCAUAAGGUUGGUACACAAGUAUAGUGUUUGUGUUAACAAAGUGCAAGAAAAUUAUUGGACAUUCGUAUUUAAAAAAAAUACUGGCAACAUAUAAAUAUACUCUCUUUAUGGUAACAAAUGUAAUUCGAAAUUUAAAAUCACUACUUAGCAUAAUAUUUUUUUUAACAUUUAUAAUAAAUUAUUGUCAAAUGUCCAUCGUAAAUCUUUAAUGGUUGCCAACAUUGUAGUGUAACCUUCUUAUUCAUAAAAACGUCAAAUCUAUUUUAGCUAUUGAACUAUUUUGUCUCUUUCUUUUUAGUUUAAUUUUCAAUUUGAAAGAAAGUGUCAAAACAGUGUAAAUAGUUCAAAUAGAUUUGUAGAGAAUUUAAGUUUUUACGAUUGAGGGAAUAAGUCUUGCUGUCCUGCUAUUUCGAAUCGCCGACCUUUUGCUCCAUUAUUAAAAUUGAAUUUUAACUCUAAGAUUGCAUUUAAUUGAAAUGGAACUGUGCGCCAGUAAUUUAGUUGUUAAUCGAUUUUUAAUUGUAUUGUAUGAUGCGAGUAGGUAGAUAUUUAUUUAUCAAAUAAAGUACGAAAGGCUCUGGUGAUUCGUGUUCAGAAUGCGAAAGGAUUUUACUGAAAUGCCAAUAAUAUUAUGACUUUUAUACCUAAAGUAUUAUAAUGAUUAAUAAUGAAUUGGCGUCCCAAUGUGAUGAGGAGAACGGAGAUGUGAAGAGAUUGAGUUCAAAACGUGAUCGAUUUUUUAAAAGUAACUGUUUACCUGGUAUUUUGGUCAAAUUCAAUAGGUUUAUACAUUAAGGAAUGGUUAACGUAGAUUAGAUUAGUUCGUUAAUGUAAGAUAGGUUAAGAGCGUCAUAGAAAUCAUCAGAACGUGAAUAUGAGCUGCAAUGAUUAUAUUUAAAUUUAUAAAACUGUUAGUUUUUCGGUUCGUUUAGGCUUUAUGGAUUUAGUUCUUUUUUUUUUUUUUAAAUAAGACUAAGGAGUCACUUGAAUGCUUCCAGUUCGAAUGUUUUAUGGGUUCGCGCAUACUACAGACGAGUGUGUAGCGCAAUGUCGAUUGACGGCGAGGAAUUGGAAAUGUGGUAAUUUAUAUAUUUUAUAACCUUUUUUUUUUUUCAAUUUUGUAUUGGAUUUAACAGACUUGACACUAUAAAAAUCAAUUCGCUUAAUCGUUUUGUAAUAUAUUUGUUUUCAAGUGCGAUCUGCUGUAGCUAUGUUGUUUACUAAGACAGAUCACAAAUGACAAAUGGAUUUAUUGGGAAUAUUUAUAAAAGAAUAAAAAAUUUGUUAUAAAUCACAAAAUUUAUAAACCUUUUUUUUUUUUUAAUAAAUAUUGUAGUUUGCAAUGUUAAUAGUUAUUAUGUUUAAUUGAACGCACAAUUCGAUCAGUCCAAUUUGUAAUUGUCAUUUGAGCGGCGCACGCGCAGUCUGUAGUGUGCGCGCACACUAAAAGAUCAUGAACAUAACAUUUUCGCGUUGUUAGUUUAUAAUUUAUUUUAUAAAUGUGUCGCUUGGGAACGCAUCGUCGUUCUAUAUUAAGUAUUUGACUCUGAUUCGUUUGGAACGUGUCGAUCCAACAUUGUACAUAACGGACGGCGAAUUCUUAAUUGCAUUGUGUUCUCAACUGUUUGUUAUAUUAAUAUAAGCAGCAAAUACAAUCUACUUGGCGUCCGCAUUAUAUACGAUACACAUAUUAUAUCAACAAGUACAAAUUUAGGUCUCGUUAGAGUUUUCCGUCUACGGCGAGAUGGAGGUGACUAAGUCAUAACUUAUUUCUCUUGAUAAUUUUUACUUUUAAAUUUUUUUUUUAUGGACCCCCCCACUAGUGUUAAAUAUCUUUUCCAUAAUUAAUGUAGAUUUUCGAAUUUGUUGACCAAUUUCGUUAUAGGUUUUUCGCUCGAUUCCCUUCCCCCUCCCCCUUACAUCAAAGGUUUAGCUUUAAAAGAUUGUUGUUUGCCUUAUAAAAAAAUGUGAUCUUAUGAUGAUUAUACUUAAAGGAUGUCGCAGAACGCCCCCUCGCAGAUGUUUGCCCUUCGAUUGUUUCAACUGUUGUUUAAAUGUUUCAACUGUUGGUUAAAGGCUUUAAAAUCAUCUUUGUCUAUGGAAACAUCGAAUUUGUUAUAUAAGGAAUGGUCGAACAUUAUGACAGUUUUUUUUUUUAUUUAUAACCAGUGAAUUUAUUCGUUUUAAUAACUAUGACACUAAUUAUUAUAUAAUUUAGGCACUAUUUCUUUUACUUAUAAAAAUGUCAAACGUCUGAUGAACCUAUUUCUAAUAUGAAUAAAACAUAUAAAAAUAGUCCAUUGUCACCAGUAGUAUCCCACUGUUGGGCACAGGUGUACGAAUGCUCUAUUAUUUUACCGGACAACGGCAAAGUCUGCGAGGGUGGCGCGUAUGAAAGAAUAUGCCUUGUAUAAUAAUAUAACACGAUGAAUUAUGUAAUAUAAUAAGACAAUGCGCGAUAUAAAGAUAGGCUCAGUAGAGGAUACUGUCAAUUGCGAUACAGUGUAGAAGCGCAAAGGGCUUUAUUGGUGCUGUCGAACGGUUGCACUCAGGUUGCACCGGGGCCGGAACACAUCUUGACAUAAAAUCGGGUUUUUACCAUACUCACAUUAUUUACGAAACAGAUCACGUUGUUUUGUAUUCGUAAAGUAUGAUUUACAAUAAAAUAUGUAUCGUGAACACUUGUUUUGGCAUAGAUUUUUUUUUAAUGAAAACGGGGGCUAAGGAAAAAAAGGAAACAUUCUACCAGAUGUCGCUAGUAGAGAUGUCAAAAUGUAUGGGAUUGACAGUUGUGCUAAUUUCGAAAUUGGAACAAUUCAGUUGUUACAAUGAUAAUUAUAACCAAUGAGCUUUAACUGCAAAUAAUACAUAACUAAUAUUUAUAUAAAAGUCAAGGACCAGUUAUUUAUGUGUGUGUUUGUCAAACCCAUACACGUCUUGCAUCUCAUUCUAUUUCAUGCGUACGAUAGAUGUACAUGCAUUGAGAAAUAAGUUUGUUUGAAAAUUAUAAGAGAGUUUAAAAUUCAAAUUGCUAAUAUAGAUCUGUUUAAACUUGAUCUUAAAAACUACAAUGUAUAUUAAAUCCGAUUCCUGACUUUGGUACAGAUGUGUUUUGGCUUAAAGGUCAUCAACGAGGAAAUGUUUGUAAUAUAUUGUGAUUUGAUAAGAGAGGGCAUUAAUGUAAGCAGUUUAUCGCCAACUAACGGUCAGACGAUUAAUGGGACAAGGCUUAAGGCAGAAUGAAAAGUUACAGUCUUGGCAAUUGCUGUUUCUCAUUUCCUAAUCUGACCCUGGCAUGAAUGUGUUGCAUGAUUUCAUGUAAAUUAGAGGUUAAUUAUGGAGUCGUAAAUAAUAUAACACUUUGUGAUGGAUUUAUUUUAAUAUAAUAAGCUAUGUAUUUAAAUUGACAUUCGGUUCUGUCUAGUAACUUAGGUACAAUACUAUAGUUCGUCAACUUUGUAUUCGGCACUCCUGAACGGCGACAGAUGUCUACCGCUGCUGUAUUAGUAUGGGCGAGUGUGCUUUUCUCCGCUAUAAUACAUAACACCCGCGCAGACGUCUUUCCAGGGAGUGCUGCGUGUAAACUUGACGGGUUAUACCUGAAUCAGUCACAAAGCGUUAUUUCAAAAUAUUUCUUCUCUUUCUAGACGAUGGUGCAACUAGACUUCGACUAUUAGAUAUAGAUUAGAAAUUGUGUGACACGAAUUACUUCAAUGUUUUUAUUCUCGCCGCAAACUAGUAAAGCCCUCUCCGCAUUAAAAUGGAAUAUAAAACUUUUUUAUGAAUCGUAAGAAACAUUAGUUCCACAACAAUAUGUAAAUUUUUCUUAUAGUAAGUAAAAGAUCUCAUAAGUCUUAUAUUUGUUUUGUCUUUUUUAUAUUUUGAAGGAACUAUGGCAAUGUCGAGUGAUUAAAGACAACCUAUGUAAAAUAAAAUAUAUUGAUGUAUAUAA